ACGAGAAAGCCUAGCUGCAGCACUACCAUUGCAUCUAAAUUUCCCACAAAUAAUGUGCAUGUUUGCGUAAUUCUGUACAGUAUACUCAGACAUUGUGACACUAGACAAUCAUGAAUUAAUACAAGAGGCAUUACCGUCUUGCUGUCCGUCACUCCGUUUAAGAAAAAAUUGAAAUUUGUAGUAAUGGUAACUAAAAGAUCAUCAAAACAUAUGGAUUUUUGCGAGGUUCCGAUUUUUUAAAGCGUAUAAUUUGAAAAGUAGACGACUUAAUUUGUUUUUAUAUUUUUUUGAUAACUAUUAUGACCUAUCCCCCAUAUCCAGCUUGACAUUGACUUCUGGGACACCCUGUAGAUUAAUUAAAUAGCCAGUUUGCUCUGUUUUAGGCGUAUAUUCUUUCAGUUAAGGUCCGAAAUUCAAAGUGUCAUAAUCUACUGAUGAGUAUUGUUUGCUAAUUUAGAGAAUUAUUAUAUUUGUUGACUAAAUAGAUUAUUUCCAUUGUAACAUCAAACCAGACUACAAUUGUAGUAUGUACAUAACAUUAAAACAUGAGUCGCAUGACCUUACUCAUUAAAAAAUAGACAUCAUUAUUAUUCUUGCGGAUUGCCACACAUUACUGUUUUUAGAUAAUAUGCAAUUGGCGUGAAAUGUUACAAAUAAACUUCUAUCUAGUUUAUCACUAGGUGUUCACUAUCUCCAUUAACAUUUCACGUAUCUAGAGAAUGAGAACAAAACUAUGUUUCGAUCAGUUCAAUUGAAAAUUAAUUAUGUCAGUGAUAAGCGUUUCUAGACGAAUUGUGUUAACUUUCUUAAUAUAAGAAAACUAUUUUCAUUUUGAUCUAGGUAUUUACUUUAAUGUUCUAUUCUAUGUUCAGCGCUCUCCGCUGCAUAAAUGGUGAUGAUGAUGACGCCACAAUACAAAUUGAUCUUCUGAAAAACACGACUAGUAUAUAGUGUGUUCUACCAAAAGAGCUAAUUUUUUAUUGUUGAUCGUCUGGCUAGAUAACAUCCGUUGUAUUUUCUAAUAGGUUGCAGUGUUAGAUGCAGAUAUUUGUGGACCUUCACAACCAAAAGUUUUGGGCGUAGCAGAUGAACAGGUUCACCAAUCAGGAUCUGGUUGGUCACCAGUGUCGGUGGAUGAUAAUCUCUCAUUGAUGUCCAUUGGAUUUCUUCUGUCAUCUCCCGACGAUGCGGUCAUAUGGAGAGGUCCAAAAAAGAAUGGAAUGAUUCGACAGUUUCUUAGUGAGGUAGACUGGGGAAGCUUGGACUAUCUGCUCGUUGACACUCCACCAGGAACAUCAGACGAACAUCUGUCAGCGGCGACAUACCUGUCACAAGCUGGAGUCACAGGAGCUAUAAUUGUCACAACUCCUCAAGAAGUUGCACUGCUGGACGUCAGAAAAGAGAUCGACUUCUGUAGAAAAGUUAACGUCAGAAUACUGGGUGUUAUAGAAAAUAUGUCAAUAUUUGUUUGUCCCUGUUGUGAGAGAAUGUCGGAAAUUUUUCCAGCAACAACUGGUGGUGCAAGGCAGAUGUGCAAAGAAAUGGAUGUGCCAUACCUUGGAAACCUCCCGCUAGACCCUAAGCUAGCCAGACUUUGUGAUGAAGGAAGAGAUAUCAUCACAGAAAUGCCCAGUUCGCUUGUUGUACAAGCUCUUAACGGAAUCGUCAAAGAUCUCAUCGAUCUUUGUGAGAAAAAGGACUAACGUGCUCGGCCGCGUCUACGGAAAUUUACAUAAACACCAUAUAUUGUUUAAGCUUUAAUAUAAAGUUUCCUUUAUUUUGUUAGAGAUAUAUUUUAUUAUAAAUUGUAAGAAAACUAUUAACUGAUCAAUAAAAGCGUUACUAGUGCUUA